CGAGCACGUCGACGCCGCGCGAUGUCCUGCGCGCUCUGCGCGACUCGGGUGCCGUGGACAGCCGCGUGGGGCUGUCAGAACGUGCGUAGCGUCGCGGCGCGUCCGUCCCCUACUUCCUUGCGCUUGCGAGCGAGAGCCGCUGACCACCGCCCCAGUCACCCCGCUGCCCGUCGGCGCGUCGCGCGAGUCCCUCGUGACCACGUACCACAUCGACGCGGGCAAGGGCUCGGCCGAGCUCGCGCGCCGGCUGGUCGCCCGCCCGCCGUUCCACGGGGCCGGCCGCGCCCCGACCCCGACAGGCGGCCGGCCAGCACGGUACAACGCCGACGCCGACGAGCACGGCAUCCGCGAGGCGAGCACGGUGGUCACGACCCACUUCUCCGGGUACGAGUGGGCCGAGAUGGUGCUGCAGAAGGCGGCGACCAGCUCGUGGUCCAAGCUCCGCGAGCCCGUCCCGCCCAUCCCGUACAGCUGGGCCAUCGACCCCGCCCUCUCCGGCCGCAGGGUGAUCGUGCACGGCCUGCCGGGCCGCGUGCCCCCCGGCCAUGUGGCCGCGCUCUGUGGCGGCGUCGACAUUGCGACCGACGGCGAGAAUGCCCCGCGUUUGCAACCUCCCUCCCCAUGGGCCCUCUCUUCGUCGUGGAUUAUCACCGCCGACUCGGUCGCCGACGCGUAUGCCCUCGCCCGCAAGCUCAACAUGAACUACUUCCGCACAAACUUGUACAACCAUCAGUUCCUCAUGCGCGCGAGCGUCGUGUGGUAGGGAGGAAACACGGAGAGUAGGGUCAUGGCUGCUAGGAUGGCACACACCCACACCCACACCCGCGUCCACGC